AUGCAGCCGGCAAGAGAGGUGGGGUGGGCUCACGCGGCCAACGAUAGGUUGCAGCUUCGGGAUGCGCUGGGUGAUGAUCGAAUCUCGAUGAUCGAGGCUGACGUCAUGUUCCGUAGCGGCAAUGAAGAUGCUGCGGCAGCGAAGGGGGCGGGUGUGCCGGUGAUGGCGCACCCGCCCUCCAUCCCGCCCGACGCCAUGCCCUUCGAGGCCUGGUUCGAUCUCAUCUUGGAGCACAACCGAAGCGUUGCCGCAGCAGCUGAUGGUGAAGGAACGAAGAAGACCAAGGGCGUGAAGCUCGACUUCAAGUCGUUCGCCGCCGUGGCCCCGUGCCUGGCCGUCCUCGUCCGCGGACCCUUCGGCUUUCCUGUUUGGCUCAACGCCGACGUACUUCCCGGUCCUGCAAGCGCUGCCGGGCGCGGUGUUGUCUUGGGCUGGACAACGGGCUAUCCGACCAACGAGCGCGACAUGGCGGGCUACACAGCCGACAUGAUCGACGCCAUGCUGGCCCUGGUCGACGCCCACGUGCGGGAGGGCACCCAUGUCACGUUCCCGCUGCAGCUGUGGUACGCCCACCGGUCGUGGCCGCAGGUCGAGCGAUUGCUGGCGCGGCAAAGCUGCGAUGAUGGUCGCCAGAAGCUCGUCAGCUCCACCAUUACGUUGUGGGGCGAGGAGGUAGCAAGUAUUCGACAGUGGGUGGAGGCCACGGCUCACUACCUAGACGACCGCAUCUACGUCGACCUCGUCCCCGCCGCAGCGACCACCGCCCGUGUGUAG